GAAUUUGUUAUUUACUAUCAAUUUAUAUUGAUUGAGUUCAAAAUGGGGACAGAAGUAGCAAUAUCGUUUACGGCACUUCGUGCUCAGUUAGAAUCGGAACGGAGCAGCUUGUACAAAAUAGAUGAAAACAUCAAAAAGAUAGUCCAAACGACGGGUCGAUUCUCUAACGAUAGGUUUAAUAACUCAUCUAGUGACUACUUAAAAGGUGGACCACGUUUAGGCGGCCGAAAUUCAUUCCCUGACGCUAGACAACAUGACGAUUCUUUUGGAAAGAGAAAACAAGAGACCAAAACGGUUUUUAGCAGAUUAUCAGCGCGCACAGCAGGCAGUGAUGAUGAGGAGUCUGGUGGCAAGCGUCCGCGCGUCAUCUCACAGGUGUCUCGCGAGUUGCCGACGCGCGCGGCCGUGCUGCGCGCGCAGGGCGGGGACGAGCAGGCGCGCACGCGCAACAGGCGGAUCUUUGGCUCGCUGCUCGGAACACUGCAGAAGUUUAAACAAGAGGAGAUUGUGCUGCAAACUAAGGAAGAUAAAAAGGCACAAGUGGAAAGAAAAAUAGAAGAGCAAGCUCGGGUACAGAAAGAAAAGGAACAGAAGGAAAGAAAGACCCUCUUUGCUGAGAGAGAACACAAAAAAGCCACAAUCAAAGCUCUCGAAGCCAAGAUGGCGCGGGUCCAAGAGUUUGAAAAGUGGGAGGCGUCACAGAAGAACCUGGGUAACUUUAUAUUGACCCGUGCCAAGCCGCAUAUAUACUGGAUACCAAAGAAGGUGACCGACAAGGCCACAGAGAAGCUGAACUCCAGUAGAAAGUAUCAUGAAAAGUGCAUGGUAAAGAAACGCGCAGAACUGCAAGAGGAACUGCAACGGAUAGAGCAGCGCUGCCUACGCGCGCGCGGCCCGCAGGCCAAGGAGAACGAGCCCGCCAAGGAGGACGAGCCCGCCAAGGAGGACGAGCCCGCCAAGGAGGACGAGCCCGCCAAGGAGGACAAGCCCGCCAAGGAGGAGGACGGCGCGCACGCCCGGGACAAGUUCGCCUGUCACCACGACAAGGACAGCGACGCAGACGACCACCACGAGGACACACAUGAGCAGCCGCAGGAACAGCAUGAAGGCAACGGGGAUGCCGAGGUGAAAGAGGAGACAGUAACAGACGAAAGUAAACUGGACACGACCACAGAACAGAACACUACAAUGGAAACUGAAAAGACACAAGAUGACUCCCAGAUGUCCCCGGACACCAGCGGGCUACAGCAGAGUGUGGAGGCCCCCCCGGAGCCCACGGACGAGUCCUGAAUACUAGACGUAUAUGAUAGCAUGUUGGCAGUAUAUGCAGAGGGUCAGAAUUAUUAGGCCUUGGCCUUUAGUUAACGCCGUACCAUCACACUGUUUACUAGCCAUCUGUAAACCUUAUUGCAAAUGCAUUAGGUCCAUCUAUGGUUAGUGAAGAGUUGUUCUUGGUACAACCGAACGCAUAGCGAAGUAAGUAAGCUUAUAUUGCUCACUCCACUUCCUUGCUUAAAGUUUAAAACUCAAUACUUAUUAAACUUACAUCUUAUUACAAAUAAGUUUUGCAAAGCUCACUUAAAACUGAUUAUAAAUUUCUGUCUAUGUAUGGAAUGGGCACUCUAAGCUUACUUAUUUCUCUAUGUCGGAAGACAGAGAUCUUUUAUAGGUGAUGCUGUAUGUAGCAUAGUGUCAACUGGAGACCAACGCUUUAAAGCAAAGGAAAUGUGCUGUUAAAAUAUUAUUUUACAUUAGAUCAUUUAAUUUUCUUGACUACCUUAAAUCACAAAACGUGUUAUAGUUAAGCAUUAGGGGCAUUUCCGCGCAGAUAAGAGUAUUCUUAAGUUGUUGUGAAAAGCUUUUUAAAAAGGACUAGAAUAUGAAGCUCUUUAGAAAAGCACAGGUUUUUAACGUUGGUUAUAGGGUCGAAAACGAGCAUGUUAGAAGUUGCAAGCGUACACAGGCUACGGUAGCCGCUUACCAUCAGACUGGCUAUAAUAUCAAUGCUUCUUUGCAACGAAUGUGGUAUAAAAAAAUAUUUUUGUGCGUCUAACAGAGAGAGUUGAAAUUUCGUUAUCUGCCUCUAUAGGGAGCGUGCAUGAACUAUAGGAGGCAGCACAUGAGCCGUCAGAUUUUUGGCGCGAGGCAUAAAUGUGAUGUUUUUUGUUCCGAUGUAGCCCACAAGAUGGCAGAACCUACUAUGCACAAGAAAACACGUGACGUGUAAAUGUACAUGUUUAUGGUUCCGAUUCAGGCCACAAGAUGGCAGACCCUCUAACGCGCACGGUCCCUAUUACUCUUACAUUUUCGAGCGAUAGAGGGGCGGAUAACGAAAUUUCUAUUUUCGCGGCAUUAUAUUUUCUUUGACUUGUUCUGCCCUCUACUGGUAUAAGUAUGAAACUUACCACUGUAUAAUAUAAUUGAAAUUGAAAUGUUUGCACAGUGAUGCUGACUGUGAUUAUUAUUGGGAUGUGUUAUGAAGUGAAUAAACUGCUGACUUUA